AUGCUCAUCCUCGUUCUCUACUUUUUCUUCUUCCUCGAGCUCUCUGAUGACUCCCUUGUACUAUCGGAUCAGCUCUAUCCUGGAGGGGGAUCGAACUUGCCAGCUAGGAGGCAAUAUCGUUACUUUCCCCUCAUCCUGAGCAGCGGCCCCCUCCUGCAGCAGCCUCCCUGCCUUCAAGAGUACGGGGAGCUGAACGCACAGGGCAUUUCGCUGUCAAGGGUGAAGGAGGUAUUCUCCUUUUACGGCCUCUCAGCCAAUGCUGACCAGGCAAAGCAACUCAUGACCCUCGUGGACGGCAACGACUUGAGCAAACUUCUCGAGCGGCGUCACUUUGAAGCGGCGCUCGCCAAGCAUGCGUUGGGUACUCCCCUGGCCAAGUGGCAGCUGGCGGCAAGAUUCAGGGCUGCAUGCGACUUCACCAGCAUCCCCGGGGAGCGGGAAACGGAAGGUGGUGGGGGGCUGGCGACAGAGGCUCGACUUGAGCAGCAGAAGUCGGCUGGUUGGAAUCUGCUAGAAGAUUUCAAGAAGGAAGAAGACGCGGAGGAAAUGAGCGGAUUUGAAGCCCUCUCCGAAGAACCGGAUGGGAAAUCAGCAGAUUCCAAAGAGAAGGACUCGAGCGAGCGUGGUGCUAAGGAUAAAAACAAUCGCAAAACUCGUGAUGGAGGCAAGGAUUAUGAUCAAGCUAUCAUUAAGCCUCAGGAGAAGGAGAAAUAUCCUGUCUACCUCGUGACUGCAGAUGAAAUCGGAAAGGCUCGAAGGGACAUGAGCUAUCAGGAGUUGCAAAGGCUGAAGCAUCGGAUGAGCAUGUCAGAGUGGGUCAAGUUGUCAUCGGCUAAACAGAGGAGGAAGGUAAGGAAGUGGGCGAAGAGAGAUGAAAAACAGGCGGUGAAGGAAAAGAAAAUGCUCGAGGAUGCGGCUUUGCACGAGAAAAAGGUCUUCUCAGAGCUUCCAGGGUCGCACCUUGUUCCAAUUGAGCAUCGAUUCGACCCCAACCUGUUGGGACGCGGACUUCACAUGUUGGAGGGAGGACGAGUCGUUCGCAAGAGGGUUCAGAUGAACUUCCCAUCCUUCGCAUUCUGGGGGAAGGACAUGACGAACGGAAUCAGCCGAUGGACCGUCCGUAUAGAUAAGUUGAGGAGCACGGGUUACAUCGGCGUCGCGGAAUUUCCCGUCGACCCGGCUGAGUGCUUCGCAAAAUUUCUUUUAUCUCCAGCUUGGAUGCUGUGUAGCACAGGAUGCGUAUACGUCACGCAGAGAGCCGCUGCACGCAACCCCCUUGUACAGAGGAUCAUACCUGAGCCUGAGAGCGGGCAGCGGCUCGACGUCCACAUCCGAGGAAUCGGUGACGUGACUCUAGAGACGAAGAGGAAGUUCCGGAAGCACAGAUACUCCUUCAAGGAUGGGUCCAUCGUGAAGAUGGAGCUCAACAGAGAUUGGGGGACCCUGCGCUUCUGCGUCGACAACAAAGAAUGGUUUCGCCUCAACCAAGUGAGCAAGGACGUGAAGCCUUUCAUCAACUUCUUCGCAUCCGGCGAUGGUAUCACCCUCAUCAGUGCCCAAGACGGGAAGAUCACAGUCGCUGACGCCCUUUGA